UUUUUUUGGAGUCCUCUUUCGGGGCCGCCGGACGUAAUUUCUCCUCAGGAUCGCCGCCGUCAUGGCUAGCCAGUCUCAGGGCAUCCAGCAGCUGCUUCAGGCCGAGAAGCGCGCCGCCGAGAAGGUGGCCGAGGCCCGCAAGAGGAAGAAUCGGCGGCUGAAGCAGGCCAAGGAAGAAGCUCAGGCCGAGAUCGAGCAGUAUCGCUUGCAGAGGGAGAAGGACUUCAAAGCAAAAGAGGCAGCCGCGCUCGGCUCCCACGGUAGUUCCGCCACAGAGGUGGAACAGGGGACCCAGGAGAAGAUGGCCGUUCUCCAGGAGAACUUCCAAAAGAACCGGGAGGAAGUGAUCGACAGCGUGCUGAAUUUGAUCUUUGACAUCCAGCCUCAAAUCCAUUCAAACUAUCGGAUCAACGGAUAGAUGGAAUCUUUUGUUCCUUCAAGGAAAAAAUUCAGCAAUACCAGCUUUAGCUGCACCCCCUUUUUUAUAAAGGUGCAUAAAUUCCCAAGAGGUGUAGAUUAUCUCUUUCUCUUCCCCCCCCCUUUUUUUCAUAAAGAUUUCUUGUCUUCUCCGUUUUGUAGCACUUUUGAAGUUUCUAUGUAGGCUGGUUCUGUGUCCUCCAAAGUACAUUAUAUCGUAGACAUGUAGCGUAGAAAGUUGAUGUUGGAUAAAUUGUACUGAGUAUUAAAGGAUCGCUUUAACCCCAAGAAGUAUUUAAAAGUCAGAAAAGAGAAGUGCCAGGUUACUUUCCCUUAUCCUUAAAUUGCACACUGUGUGACUUAGGUGCUCUGCUACAAAUGAAAUCUGUUCCUACUCAAGAGUAAAAAAACAACACAUGAAUUUUGUUUGCAGAAUGAAUAGUAUUUGGAUUGUAUCUGAAAACGUUUAAAUGUUAUUUAAAUAAUAACUCUGUUUUCUCCUGUUGAACUUGAACAAGGCGCUGCUGUUAAGGUGCUUGAAGAAAAAGUAAAGACCUAAUCUUGACUUGUAAAGAAAUUAAAACCUUUUUUCUCUCCUU